GGGUAUAUAUAUUGUAUGUUUAUAGAUAUAGAUGUAUACUUAUGUAUGGAUGUAGAAUAGUUAUUAUAUGUUUGAUGUUUGUACUUCGUAACCAAUCUGAGAGAUAUGACAAAUAGUAAUAAUCUAAUUAUUUUACUGGGAGUAAUUGCCAUUAAAUUGACACUUGCUGCUGUUAUCAAUGAAGCUACGCACAAAAAAGACCCAUGUGUUGUGCUGUGUGAUAAAAUACCGGUAUCAUUUUUUUUGGCAACAGAUAAACUGAUCAGCGAUUCGGUUGAAGAGACCAAGGAGUGUUGCCAGAGAGGUUGUAGGUUUUUUAAUUUAGCUGACUCGCAGCAAGGAAUCGAAAAAAAUGAAUUAAACGACACCAAGGACGCCUGUGAAUCAUCAUGCUCCGAAGCGUACAAAAAUGUCAACGAGAGAUUUGCUUGCAUUGUCGGGUGCACUUUCAUGGCCAAGCAGCGGAUUUUCGACCUAGUGUCCAUUUUAUCUGCAGCUUUGUCUUCCGAAGACGAUCUGAUUGCUCACCACUUCCUGGUGACGUCCAUAGACAUGCCGGAUAAUACUAUGAGUGACCCUGGGCUGAAAAAAGAAAUUCUUCCGGGAUGGUGGGACACCGAGGGCUUUAAAUUACCACAGACUUACAUUAAAUCCGUUCCACAAGAAUCAGUACGAAUAGACUACAAUUUAUCGCCAGACUAUUCAGGAGAACCAGAUCAAUCAUAUUCAUGGCCAGCAACAAAUUGGCUACAAUGCGCGUCAAAGCAUAUUGGAAUUCCUCGGUGGAUCUUGAGCUCCUCUAUAAUCGUUGGAGUAAUAGUGGUAAUUUGGAUCACGCUGCUUAGCGAAAAGUCAGAGCCUAAAAACAAUGCCACUAGUGAAAGCAAUAACAAUGAUGACUUUAGUAAAGUUAUACUGAUAUAUCCGGAUGAAAAAACGCCACCUGAUUACACGGAGUGUGUAAGUGAAGAAAAAAAAUUGAUAAUAUAAAAUAUUAUAAAUUUGUGUAUUAAAUUGUAAAAGUUAUUAUUAUUAUUACUUAUUACUUAUUAUUAAUACGCCGUAAAUUUGCUUUUAAUUGUUGAUGUAAAAUUAGUCCUGAAAUCAAGUAAUAUAAAUGUUAAUUGUAUGUAAUUAAUUGUAAAAGUUUAACUUUUCGUCUUACAUGUUUGUUCAAUAAAUAAAUAAAAAAUAAAUUACCUGUAAUGUUUUGAUAACA